GUAAAAUUACAGAUUUUUCAAUAAAAAUACAAUUUUUAGAACCUCCUAAAUAAAUGAUUUAGAGAAUUUGGUUAUACGAUUUAUGUGGCUUUGUAACAUUCACAAUGAUAUGUAUAAAAUACAGGGUUUUUUGUGUAAUUUAAUUUGCAACCCUGAUUUUAUGUUUCAAAAUUGAGAUGGCCUUUGAAGAAUGUUGUAGAGGAAAGAAAAUCAUGUCUAGAUAUAAUGUGGAUAAGUGUUGUUAAUAGUGGAUGUACUUAUUGAAUUGAGUUUGCCGCCCAUUUGGGUCCCACAAAGCUUGAGGUACUAGUCUUCGCAGUUGCGCGCGGCGGAUGAUACCCAAUUUUAACCAAAAAUGGCGGCUGUAGCGUGGAAGGUUUUGAACAAAUCACUAAUGUUUUGCAAUAUACUGUAUAGUACAAAGUUCUGGCAAAUAACGACCAUAACAACAUCAUAGCACCGGCACAUUGACAACACUGAUGUGGAUAGAGUCCUCACUUGCAAAACUAUUAUUGUGUCCAUUUAUUAACUUGUAGAUGACGUUGGUGUUAUGAGUGGAGCAAUUAUAUUCAUUCAGGGGGAUUUGAAGAUAACAGAGGUUCAACAAGAAGUACUUGUUGGAAUUUUGAGCAUAAUAUCACUUUUGGGUAGUUUAGCUGGCGGAAAAACAUCGGAUUGGAUCGGCAGAAAAUGGACCAUUGGUUUAGCAGCACUUAUCUUCCAAACAGGUGGAGCUAUUAUGACUCUUGCUCCAUCCUUUAAAGUAUUGAUGAUAGGUAGACUCAUAGCAGGUGUAGGUAUAGGUUUCGGCGUCAUGAUUGCACCUGUUUAUAUUGCCGAAAUUUCUCCUGCCAUUGCUAGGGGAUCUCUCACCUCAUUCCCUGAGAUCUUCAUAAAUUUUGGAAUUCUUCUUGGCUACAUAUCAAACUAUGCGUUUUCUAAGCUUCCAGCGCAUUUAAAUUGGAGAAUAAUGCUUGGUGUUGGACUUAUUCCUUCGGUUGUUAUUGCCGUCGCGCUUUUUAUUAUACCUGAAUCUCCAAGAUGGCUUGUCGUGCAGAAUAGGAUUGAAGAAGCUAAACUAGUGCUGUCAAAGAUAAGCGAAAGUGAGAAAGAUGCCGAAGAAAAAUUGCAAGAAAUUCAGAAAGCUGCCGGAUCAGGAAAUGCGGAUAAGUACGAAACAAAAGCUGUCUGGAAAGAAAUAUUGUAUCCUUCUCCUCCCGUUCGAAGAAUGCUUAUAACCGGUUGUGGAAUUCAAUGUUUCCAACAGAUUACAGGCAUAGAUACAACAGUAUAUUAUAGCCCGACGAUUUUCAAGAACGCUGGAAUCACAGGAAACUCUGAGCUUCUUGCAGCAACUGUUGCUGUUGGAUUCACCAAAACAGUGUUCAUCUUGAUAGCUAUACUUCUAAUCGACAAAUUGGGGAGAAAGCCUUUGCUUUACGUGAGCACAAUUGGAAUGACAAUAAGUUUAUUUAGCCUGAGCUUUGCUCUGGCUUUUCUGAGCCACGCAAAAAUUGGGAUCGCGUUGGCAAUUCUUGCUGUUUGUGGAAAUGUAGCUUCUUUUUCAGUAGGACUUGGUCCUAUAUGUUGGGUUCUGUCAUCGGAGAUAUUUCCUUUGAGGCUUAGAGCGCAAGCAUCGGCUCUUGGAGCAGUGGGAAGUAGGGUAAGCAGCGGCGCAAUUUCCAUGUCCUUUCUAUCGGUCACCAAAGCGAUAACAGUAGCCGGAACUUUCUUUGUUUUUGGUGUUAUUUCAUGCAGCGCUGUUGCGUUUGUUCAUUACUGUGUUCCUGAGACAAAAGGAAAGAGUUUGGAAGAAAUUGAAGUGCUGUUUCAAAACGUAGGCGAAUCGCAAGAAAGUGAGGUAGAAAUGGGAGAUGUGGAGCAUCUGAUGCAGAAGUCAUGAGUUUGUGGCAUGCAUGCAUUCGAAGGCCAUUUAUGGUCUUACAACAUAUACAUAAAAGGAUUUAUGGUGCAUGCAGAGGGACAUGUUUUGUAUAUACACAAACAAAACAGUAGAAACAUGAUUCCAGUGUUGUGUUGCUGUCCUUCAAGGUUCAGGCCACCACUACUACCAGCACCAAUAUAAGCUUAAGCAUUUCUUAAUAUUCAUUUGUACUGUGAUUUUAUUUUACAGUUUGUUGAAAAUGAUGUGUUAGUUUCAUGGAGCUAUAAUGCACAUUUUAAAGGAUCACUAUUCAAUAUUCAUCCAUUUUAAUUUUAUUA